AUGAAGAGAGCGUAUUUAUACGCAUUUUGUACUCCACUACUAUAUGCUGGUCCACUCUACACACGACCAUUUUUUCUUGCUUUUAAUUUCACUAUGAGUUGAUUCUGUGGAAAUGGAACCCUACGAAGUUCCUAUGCAACCCCUCCGCACUACAAGGCACAAGUGUUCUGCUUGUUUCAAGCAGUACAAGAAGAUGGAGCAUCUCAUCGAACAUAUUAAAAGCUCUUAUCAUUCAGUUCAUGACCCUAAAUGUGGUGUGUGUAACAAGCAUUGCAAGUCAUUUGAAUCACUAAGGGAGCAUGUUGCUGGUCCUUUGUCCAAAGUGAAUUGCGCAAGCAUCUUUGCAGAAAGAGGCUGCAUUUUGUGUCUGAAAAUCUGCAGCAGUGUGGACUCUCUCAACGAGCAUAAGGAAAUGUGUCUUCGAACCACUCCUCGACCCAUUGACACAAUAGAGAUGCUUUUUCCAGAAGACCAAAUGGAUAUGCUCUAUUCAGAAUCCGAAAUGGACAUAAGUAAUGAAAUUAGUAGCGUAAGACGCCGGGAAGCAGUUGCCAUAGAUUGUGAAAUGGUUGGAGGGGGGAGUGAUUCGUCACUAGACCUUUGUGCAAGGGUAUGCCUAGUUGACGAAGAUGAGAAGCUUAUUUUCCACACUUAUGUUCUACCCCAGAUUCCUGUUACAGAUUAUAGGUAUGAAAUUACUGGUAUAACAGAGGAAAAUCUACGAGAUGCCAUGCCUCUGAAGGAAGUCCGGGAGAGGAUUCUGCAGAUCCUUUACAAUGGAGAGUCAAUAAGUAGAGUAAGAUUGAAUGGUGGAAAAGCAAAGGUACUUGUGGGACAUAACCUUGAGCAACACCUGGCUUGCUUGAAGAUGGAUUAUCCUGAUCAUCUUCUGAGAUUUGAAAUCCAAGUUGGGUUCCAUGAUCCUUACCAAGAUUCCGUGUCUGUCAUGCGGUUGUAUAAGAGAAUCCGCUCACAGGAACACCCAACGGAAGUGACUAUUUGGGUAUCAAAUUCACCUCUAAGCUAUAGCAGUAGCUCUGAUCCAUGGAAACCCAUGGCACACGAAAGUAUGACACCAGAUGAGCUCUUAGCAAUAUCCAAAUCAAACUAUCGCUGUUGGUGUCUGGAUUCACCGGAAGCAAGCAGAUGAUGCAAGAAUGAAGUGAGUGUGCUUGAGGAGUUGUACCUAUUAACUCGCUUAAUGAGAGAUCCUGCAACAUACCGGCCCCUGAUGAAGACCAACUUUUAUUUAUAUAACUUUGGUGUUCGGGCUAGCUUGCGCGCACCUCGACUAAUUCCACGAGAUACCUGCCACCUCCCACCAGCAACAGAUAUGACAUCCAAGUUGGUUUCCAUGAUCCUUACCAAGAUUCCAUAUCUGUUAUGCGGUUGUAUAAGAAGAUCCGCUCACAAGACCAUCCAAUGGAAGGGACUUUUAGGGUAUCAAAUUCACCUCUAAGCUUUAGCAGUAGCUCUGAUCCAUGGAAAUCCAUGGCACACGCGACAAUGACUCCAGAUGAGCUCUUAGCAAUAUUGAGAUCAAACAAUAGGUGUUGCUGUCUUGAUUCCGGGGAAUCCAAUUAUUGAAUAUUCAUUUGAUCUGAGAAAAGCUUCCAGCUCCAAGUGGGCGGACACUGAAGCAAGAAUGUGUCAUCUUUUUUGUGUGAUCUGCAUGAAUUCGCAUUUAAUUAGGCAUGUGAGGCUGUUGCUGAAGGUUUUGUAGUUACUGAAGAGUAAAUGAGUAGAACUGCUUGUUUUUCCUUGGUAAAAGUUAUAGUAUAUCUGCCCCAUCCUUGGAGGAGUCUUCGAGUUUGAUGCUUCGGAAAAAGGAGGGAGAAUUACUGGAUUUUGUUAUUGCAAUUUGCAUUCUCUAUAAUGUGUAGCACGGAAAUACAUAUACAGCGUUAAAUGAUCUUCCAUAUAGGCAGUCGGAUAUCUUAACCGUAUUAAAUAUGGACAGGUCGGAUAUUUUAUCCACUUU